GAAUCAAAACCAGUAGGGUAGAAUUACAAUCUGCCACAUGGCACGUUUUCUGAUUAUAAACAUCUUUAUUAUAGAUCUAAAAUCCAAAGCAAAAAGAAGACGCACAUGUGAUAAAAAAAAAAAUAAAAAAAAAAUGUCUCUGAUCUUCCAGUGACUUUGGUGAAAACAGCAGUGUUAAGUAAAACCCUGCAGGUUACAUCACCUCGGAGUGUGAUGAGUGCACCCGGCGCGCAGGUCCCAGUCCUAUUGGGCCCGGCGCUGAUGGGAGGACUGAAUAAAUAGCGAGGGAGACGCGGCUGAGGAUGAGAUGAGAGAGGAGCAGCAGAGGAAGAAGGAGGCUCAGAUCCCAGCAGCUGCUUGUGUUGACUCUGUGGCUGCAGCCGGCGACCGGAUCUCAUCUCCUCCUCGAUCCAAGUUUUAACCGCACUUCUCCGCAAACAGGUUGCAGGAGGUGAAGCUCUCUCUCUCUCUCCCUUCCUCGCUGCUCUUUCUUUUUCCCUUCCUUCCUUCCUCGGGGUUUGAGUUUGAUCUCGACAAAAGAUGAUGAUCAUCAUCGCGGAGUUCUUCGUGGUCAUCCUCAAGGUGCUCUGGGCGUUCGUGACCGCCGGGGCCAAGUGGGUGGUGCGGCCCAAGGAGAAGAGCGUGGCCGGGCAGGUGUGCGUGAUCACCGGCGCCGGCAGCGGCCUCGGGCGCCUCUUCGCCAAGGAGUUCGCCCGGAGACGAGCCAUCCUGGUGCUGUGGGACAUAAACAGCCAGAGCAACGAGGAGACGGCCGAGAUGGUCCGGCAGAUCUACCACGAGCUGGACGCUCCCAGCACCAAGGACGGACCGGUCGGAGGUGUGGAGGAGGUCCCCCCCUUCCAGCCGCAGGUCUACACGUACGCCUGUGACGUGGGGAAGCGGGAGAGCGUGUACUCCACGGCCGAGAAGGUGCGCCGGGAGGUGGGCGAGGUGGACAUGCUCAUCAACAACGCCGGCGUGGUCUCCGGACACCACCUCCUGGAGUGCCCCGACGAGCUGAUCGAACGCACCUUGGUGGUCAACUGCCACGCACACUUCUGGACCACCAAGGCGUUUCUCCCCAAGAUGCUGGAGCUGAAUCAUGGUCAUAUUGUGACGGUUGCCAGCUCUCUGGGUUUAUUCAGCACAGCUGGAGUGGAGGAUUACUGCGCCAGCAAGUUCGGUGCCAUCGGGUUCCACGAGUCGCUGAGCCACGAGCUGAAGGCCUCGGAGAAGGACGGCAUCAAGAUGACGCUGGUGUGCCCGUACCUGGUCGACACCGGGAUGUUCAAGGGCUGCAGGAUAAGGAAGGAGAUUGAACCUUUCCUCCCUCCCCUGAAGCCAGAGUUCUGCGUGAAGCAGGUCAUGAGGGCCAUCCUCACCGACCAGCACAUGAUCUGCACACCUCGCAUCGUCUAUAUGGUGAACUUCAUGAAAAGCAUCCUGCCCUUCGAGGCCAUUGUGUGCAUGUACCGGUUCCUCGGCGCCGACAAGUGCAUGUACCCCUUCCUAGCUCAGAGAAAGGAGGCCAUGAACAACAACGAGGCGAAGAAUGGAAUCUAGGGGGCGCUGUUUGCAAAAACGAACAGGGGCACCUGCACGUGCAGGCAUGAGGAAACAACCACUGAGGAUGAAAAUGGGGGAAGGAAGAAGAAACAGACUGAAUCUAGAACUGGUGCGCUUGCAUUGAGCAAAUGCAAAGGUUUACCACAUUGUUCCUCUGGAGCAAAGAAAGCUGUGUACUACACAAAGGAUUUAUUUGACUUUGUUCUGUCUUUUUUUUUUUUUUGUAUUAAGUUUGUUUAAAGAAACCAACAUCUAUAUACUAUGUCACUAGUUUUGAAAUCAUACAGAAAAGAUAUCCAAUAAUGAACUAUUUACAUAAUGUAGUCACCAGCCUUUUUCUAGUGUCAUUGUGGAAAUAUACAGUAUGUUACUGUACAAACAGUAAGAAUCUUUAGUUUUUUCACUUUUAUUUUAUUUUUGUAGACAUGCACUGUAAUUCCAGUUGUUUUCUUUCAAUGCAGCAAGUCAAACUACCCC